UACAGACCUAAGCCACUGCGCCUGACCUACAAAAGUGUUUUCUUCACAACCACAGCACUGCCUCUCUCUCAAGGGGCUAACACUGGCAGAAACUCGUGAAAACCAAUUUCACGUCAGAAGAAGCAUCCCCAACAUUCUGUCCCGGCUCUUUUUCUUAGGUGAAGAAAGGGACAGGGCGGGGGGCGGAACAAUGGUAUUAAAGACACUGGCAGCAUGACAACCAAAAUAAACUAAGUUGAAACAGUACGUCCUGCCUUCUUCCUAAAGCCAUUUCCUUCAAUAGUGAUAGGAGUGCAGGCUGUCUGCAAGUCAUUAGUACGCUGCUGUUUUCACUUUCACGAGGACCCUGGAAACCACUGAAGAACAAAAUCCCCCUUUUCGCCCCACAGCUCUCAGACUCCCCAGUACAAUGACUCAAGCAGAAAUUAAGCUCUGUUCUUUGUUGCUGCAAGAGCAUUUUGGAGAGAUUGUAGAAAAAAUUGGAGUACAUCUGAUAAGAACCGGCAGCCAGCCACUAAGAGUAAUUGCCCAUGACACAGGAACAUCACUGGAUCAGGUGAAAAAAGCCCUGUGUGUCCUCGUCCAACAUAACCUGGUGAGUUAUCAAGUGCACAAACGUGGUGUGGUGGAGUAUGAAGCCCAGUGCAGCCGGGUAUUGCGAAUGCUUAGAUAUCCCCGGUACAUCUAUACUACCAAAACUCUGUACAGUGACACUGGAGAGCUGAUUGUUGAGGAGCUUCUGUUGAACGGCAAACUGACAAUGUCAGCUGUUGUGAAGAAAGUGGCAGACCGGCUCACAGAGACCAUGGAGGAUGGCAAGACCAUGGACUAUGCUGAAGUAUCAAACACGUUUGUGCGACUGGCAGACACACACUUUGUACAACGCUGCCCUUCGGUACCUACCACUGAGAAUUCAGACCCUGGGCCACCACCACCUGCCCCCACACUUGUCAUUAAUGAAAAGGACAUGUACCUGGUUCCUAAACUGAGCUUGAUAGGGAAAGGUAAAAGGCGGAGAUCAUCUGAUGAAGAUGCUGCUGGGGAGCCCAAGGCCAAGAGACCAAAACAUACUACAGAUAACAAGGAGCCCAUUCCAGAUGAUGGGAUUUAUUGGCAGGCCAACCUUGACAGAUUCCACCAACACUUCCGUGACCAAGCCAUUGUGAGUGCAGUUGCUAACAGGAUGGACCAGACAAGCAGCGAGAUUGUGCGAACCAUGCUCCGAAUGAGUGAGAUUACCACUUCCUCUAGUGCUCCCUUCACCCAGCCAUUGUCUUCCAAUGAGAUCUUCAGAUCCCUACCUGUUGGCUAUAACAUCUCUAAGCAAGUUCUUGAUCAGUAUCUCACUCUGCUGGCAGAUGAUCCACUAGAGUUUGUUGGAAAGUCUGGCGACAGUGGUGGAGGAAUGUAUGUCAUCAACCUCCAUAAGGCAUUAGCAUCCCUAGCCACAGCCACUCUGGAGUCCGUCGUACAGGAGAGAUUUGGGUCUCGCUGUGCUAGAAUAUUCCGUCUAGUUUUGCAGAAGAAACACAUAGAGCAGAAGCAAGUGGAAGACUUUGCAAUGAUUCCUGCAAAGGAGGCAAAGGAUAUGCUAUAUAAGAUGCUCUCAGAAAAUUUCAUGUCACUCCAGGAAAUUCCCAAAACACCAGACCAUGCCCCAUCCAGGACCUUCUAUUUAUAUACUGUGAACACCCUGUCAGCUGCCCGAAUGUUGUUGCACAGGUGCUACAAGAGCAUAGCCAACUUGAUAGAAAGGAGGCAAUUUGAAACCAAAGAGAAUAAGCGUCUACUAGAAAAAUCUCAGAGGGUAGAAGCCAUCAUUGCAUCUAUGCAGGCUACUGGUGCAGAGGAAGCACAGUUACAAGAAAUAGAGGAGAUGAUCACAGCUCCUGAACGUCAGCAGCUAGAGACCCUGAAACGUAAUGUCAACAAGUUGGAUGCCAGUGAGAUCCAGGUGGACGAAACCAUCUUCCUGCUGGAGUCUUACAUUGAGUGCACCAUGAAGAGACAGUGAUCCAGAAGAAGCAUCUUCCUCAGAAGAUCUGGGGGGAUGGAAAGCAAAAUAAAGGAGGUGCCUGGAUGCAUUAUUUGCAGUGGGA